CACAAGAACAGAACAAUAUCAAAUAGCCAACUCCAUACCCAAGCAUGGUCCUUGCUAUUGGUAUUUGCUUAACCAGUCUUUAAUUCCUGUUUGACAAACUUUAUAAGGUGCUACAAGGCAGAUGAUUUUUCACAAUCUACCAUAAUGUGGAACAAACAUUUUGUCUUUUAUCUCCUGCUUUUGCCAGCUUUUAUGAGUCAAACAAUAUAUGGACAAAGAAAGAAAGGAUUGAAGUCCAAUUUACUUGCAAGGAAAAAUGAUCUCCAGGACUCCACUUGCUUCAUAGAUGUUGUCUUCAUUGUGGACAGCUCUGAAAGUUCUAAACUUGUUCUCUUUGAUAAACAGAAAGAUUUUGUGCAUAGCUUGAGUGACAGAGUUUUCCAGUUGACAUCAGUUUACUCCUUGAAAUAUGACAUCAAAUUGGCAGCCCUUCAGUUUAGCAGCUCUGUCCAAAUUGAUCCACCUUUUUCUUCCUGGAAGGAUCUGCAGACUUUUAAACAGAGAGUCAAGUCUAUGAAUUUCAUUGGGCAAGGUACCUUUUCUUAUUAUGCUAUCACCAAUGCCACUAGGCUGCUUAGGAGAGAAGGACGUAAGGAUGGUGUGAAAGUGGCUUUGCUGAUGACUGAUGGCAUUGACCAUCCAAAGAAUCCAGAUGUUCAAAGUAUUUCUGAAGAUGCCAGAACUGCAGGAAUAUUAUUUAUCACCAUUGGACUUUCCACUGUUGUCAAUGAAGCCAAACUUCGUUUGAUAUCUGGGGAUUCAUCCAAUGAACCCAUUCUACUGUUAAGUGAUCCAACCCUUGUAGAUAAAAUUCAGGAUCGCCUGGAUAUCUUAUUUGAAAAGAAGUGUGAACACAAGAUCUGUGAAUGUGAGAAGGGGGAUCCAGGUGAUCCAGGGCCUCCCGGUACACAUGGAAACCCAGGUAUCAAAGGAGAGCGAGGACCAAAAGGAAACCUGGGUGAUGCUCAAAAAGGGGAACCUGGAGAAAGAGGCCCAGGGGGAAUUCCUGGGUACAAGGGUGAGAAGGGUGAAAGCGGAGAAUGUGGUAAACCGGGAAUAAAAGGUGACAAAGGAUCCGCAGGACCAUAUGGACCAAAGGGACCCAGAGGACUUCAGGGCAUUAGUGGACCUCCAGGGGAUCCAGGUCCAAAGGGAUUUCAAGGCAAUAAGGGUGAGCCAGGUCCUCCUGGUCCUUAUGGUCCUCCAGGAGCCCCUGGUACUGGACAGCAAGGUAUUAAGGGGGAAAGGGGACAGGAAGGAAGAACAGGGGCUCCAGGACCAAUUGGAAUUGGUGAGCCAGGCCAGCCAGGACCCCGUGGUCCUGAGGGAGCUCCAGGAGAGAGGGGCUUACCAGGGGAAGGAUUUCCAGGACCAAAGGGUGAAAAAGGUUCUGAAGGACCAGUUGGACCACAAGGAUUACAAGGCUUGUCAAUCAAAGGGGACAAGGGAGAUUUGGGACCUGUGGGACCUCAAGGAGCAAUGGGCAUCCCUGGAAUUGGGAGUCAAGGGGAACAGGGGAUCCAAGGUCCUAUUGGCCCACCUGGUCCACAAGGGCCCCCAGGACAAGGCUCACCUGGCUCCAAGGGAGAAGUAGGCCAGAUAGGACCUACAGGUCCUAGAGGACCAGUGGGAAUUGGAGUACAAGGCACAAAGGGAGAAGCCGGGCUUCCAGGAACAAGAGGCCCAGAAGGACUGCCUGGAAAAGGACACCCUGGCCCCAAGGGUGAUGAAGGAAAGAAAGGGAGCAAAGGAAAUCAAGGGCAGAGGGGAUUUCCAGGGCCUGAAGGGCCAAAGGGUGAUCCGGGGAUUAUGGGUCCUUUUGGAAUGCCUGGAGCAUCAGUUCCUGGCCCACCUGGGCCAAAGGGAGAUAGAGGAGGACCUGGAUUGCCUGGAUUUAAAGGAGAACCUGGAAUUGCUAUUCGAGGACCAAAGGGUGCCCAAGGCCCUCAGGGACCAGCGGGAGCUCCAGGACUCAAAGGCGACGGCUAUCCUGGUGUGCCCGGCCCUCGGGGAUUACCAGGACCCCCUGGACCAAUGGGUUUACGUGGAGUGGGGGACACUGGAGCAAAGGGAGAGCCCGGCGUCAGAGGCCCUCCAGGCCCCUCGGGGCCCCGGGGCAUAGGAACCCAAGGGCCAAAGGGUGCUAUCGGACAGAAAGGCUUGCCUGGCCCUCCUGGCCCCCCUGGCUAUGGAUUACAAGGAAUUAAAGGGGAGCAAGGACCUCAAGGCUUUCCAGGGCCAAAGGGCAUGACAGGCCAUGGCCUCCCAGGCCAGAAGGGGGAGUAUGGAGAACAGGGUGACAUGGGGAAGAAAGGUGAUAAAGGGGAAACAGGAGAGCCCGGAUCUCCAGGAGAACAGGGGUCACGAGGACCGAAAGGCGACCAAGGACUCACAAAAGAAGAAAUUGUCAAACUUAUUUUUGAAAUAUGUGGUUGUGGGCCCAAAUGCAAAGAGACUCCGCUAGAGCUGCUGUUUGUGAUUGACAGCUCAGAAAGUGUGGGACCAGAGAACUUCCAGAUCAUCAAAAAUUUCGUGAAGACUCUGACAGACCAGGUUGCUGUGGACAUCGCCACAGCCCGUGUGGGCAUAAUCAACUAUAGCCAUGAGGUAGAGAAGGUGGCCCAUCUGACGCAGUUCUCCAACAAGGAUGACUUCAAGCUGGCUGUGGACAACAUGCAGUAUCUAGGGGAAGGCACGUACACAGCUACGGCUCUGCAUGCAGCCAACCACAUGUUUGAAGCCGCAAGGCCAGGUGUAAAGAAGGUGGCCUUGGUCAUCACCGAUGGGCAGACAGACACCCGAGAUGAAAAGAAUCUGACAGAGGUGGUGAAGCAUGCCAGUGACACCAAUGUGGAAAUCUUUGUGAUUGGUGUGGUGAAGAAAGAUGACCCCAACUUCGAAAUGUUCCACAGAGAAAUGAAUCUAAUUGCCACUGACCCAGACAGUGAGCACAUUUAUCAAUUUGAUGACUUCAUUACCUUGCAAGAUACCCUGAAAAAAAAAUUGUUUAAAAAACAUUGUGAGGAUUUUGAUUCCUACCUCAUUCAAGUUUUGGGUUCACCACCGUUUCAGCCUGGAUUUGGGAUCUCAGGGGAAAAACCCAGGGAAUCCACUCCACAGCCUCAGGAAGAAAUUUCUGAGUCUGUCAGAGUGCCGGGAGUCCAGAACAAAGAGAAUGAGGCCCCUGAGCCUACCUGGGUUGACAGCCUGGCCACCACCCCUUCAUCUGAGGUGGCUGCCACCCAGCGGGCACUGCCCAGCCCUGCAGAGGAUGGGACAGAAGGUCUGGAAGCCAGAACUCCAAGUCCCAUUUUGAACUUGCAGCCGGGAAAGAUGGUACACAGAGAUCCUAGAUGUUUGGAAGCCCUAAUGCCAGGAAAUUGUGGUGAAUAUGUGGUUCGAUGGUAUUAUGACAAGCAGGUCAACUCCUGUGCCCGCUUUUGGUUCAGUGGCUGUAACGGCUCAGGAAAUAGAUUCAACAGUGAAAAGGAAUGUCAAGAAAUAUGCAUUCAAGGAUGACCUGUGACCCUCAUUCAAGUUCAGCAGUACCAAAAGGGCAAUCAAGGAAGAAGGGUGCUGGGAGAACAGCCAUCUUAAAAAAGAAUAAUUUUGUGCAGUGUAACUAAAUUCGUAUUAUCUAAUAUCUGGUAUUACAAAAGAAUAUAUGCAAUACACUUGGAAUUUGAAAAACAUGAUAAAAGUUGAAUGCCAGUGAACACAUCACACAGAGAAUUAAUCAAACAUAAUCAAUUCUACUGAAGGUUCCUGUGUGCCCUGCACCAUCUUAGCUCCCUGUUCCCUGCCAGGGAUAUCCCAUUUGAAUUUUGUGUUUACCACUUCAAUUUGCUAUUUUGCUAUUCAAUUCAGGUUGGCAGAAUUUUAAUCCAGGUUUGUGUUGAUAUUCAUGUAAUAUCACAUGUAUUUCUAUGUAUCUCUAAACAAUAUAUCAUCGUUAGAGCUUCAUAAAAAUGGUAUCAUACUCCAGUCUUCUUCAGUUUAUUAUUUUUUGUUACAUAUUCAGUCUCAUAAUUUUCACUCAAUACUAUAGUUAAUUCAUAUGUUCUACCAUGUCUAAAUGCAUUCCUAAAUAUUUAUUUAUUUAGGUUUUUUUCUUGAGCUUUAGAAAAUUUGUUUCAUAAUAUAUAUUUCUUUGAACUUGAUAUAUUACAUUAUAAUUCAUACAUAUUCAUUUACUUUCAUAGUUGUAUAAUAUUUGUGUGAGUAUAUCAGACCAUACUUAACCACAGCUUGGCUAUGAUCAAUUAAAUUGUUUCUAUUUAAUUUUUUUCACUAUCCAUCAGUGUUUCUAUGAGUGUCAUAUGCAUAGCUUCGGGUGUGUGCACCAGUGUUCUUCUAGGAUGUAUACUGCACUGUAGCAUAUUAACAAAUAGUGUAUCAUACCAAUUUUUCCCCAAGAGUUUCAACUAAUUCAUUCUAAAUCCCCACCAGUGUGUAUAAGAGCUCCUAUUGCUUGAUAUUCUUGUCAACACUUAGUAUUGUCAGACCUCUUCAUUUGGCUAACAGUAGGUAUAAAGCAGUAUCUUGCUCUCAUUUGCCUUUCUCUGGUGACAUCUUAUCAUAUUUAUUUACCAUUGUGCUGCAGCUUUUGUAAAAUGUCUGUUUAUACUUCAGAAAGAUUUUUCCGUUGGGUCAUUUGUCUUUUCCUUAUUGAA